UUUUGUCGGAAUCCAGUAGAUUAGUGGACUACCGAUGGAAGGGGAACAGGGUGGAGCAGAAUCGGGAGGAGGAGGAGGAGGUAAUGGAAUACUCCGCAAGCCAACUCCUUCAAGACCGCAAGCCACGAUGGUUGUUGGAGCAGGGGAACAUGGGAUAGGUUUUAAACCGUUGGAGGGUUCUAUGUCGUCGAUGGUUUCAGGGUUCUUGGCGGACCAGGAGGGUGGAACGGAAGAAAACAGGUCAUUUUCGCAUUUGUUGGCAGGAGCAAUCAACUCGCCCACCCCUGAUAGUGUAGACAGAUCGGUAGAUGGCAGAUCCACGUCCAUGGAGUCUGGAACUAAUGGUGGUACUGGAAACCACCAAGCAGAAGCUACUGAUGGCAGAGGCUCCUCGCCAGGGACUGCAGGGGGGAGCUUUGCGGAGAGGCUCGCAGCUCGCGGAGCAGCUAAUAAAGUCGCUGAUAGUGGAGGUCAUCCCAGCUCUGGUCGACCUCCUAAUAAUAACCGGUUCAAGGUUCUGCAGCCGUCGCGCAUUCCUAUACCUCGCCAAGGGGCAUAUCUCACUAUUCCCCCUGGUCUCAGUCCCACUACUCUGUUCGAUUCUUCUCCAGUUCUCGUGUCUACGUCUCAGUCAGAGCCAUCUCCGACAACUGGCACAUAUCCUAUGCCUCCUUUUUUCAACGGCUCACUCACCCGACCUGUUGCCAAAGUGGGAGAAGUUUCCAAGGAGCGUAGUGCCGAGCAGACUUUUGUUUUCAAGCCAUUUUUACAUUCAGUUCCGCGCCCUCCACUACCGCCUAGCUUGCAGUCAACCUUCGGUGGGACGUCACAGCAUCAACCUGUUGCUAUUCCUCAAUUGCAUGAAGCCCCUACACAGCAGCCGCAGCCUGUGACCUCCUCCUCGACUCUUUCUGCAUCAGUUGUGCCGCCAGCACCUCCCUUUCUGUCGCAAGCUCCUUCUUCCACAGCAUUUCCAGUUGCUGUUCCUGUGACCUUAGAUGUCCAGCCCUUGCAAGCUCGAGUUGUUUUGCAAUCCCAGUCGACAGCAAUUGAUUCUCAGCCUUCUCAACCUACUGCUUCUCAUAGUUCUCAAGGAUCUGAGCAGCAGGCACCUCCUGCUGCCGUGUCGACGAUCGUUGAUAGACCAUCAGAGGAUGGAUACAAUUGGCGAAAGUAUGGGCAAAAGCAUGUAAAGGGCAGCGAGUACCCACGAAGCUACUACAAGUGCACACAUAUCAACUGUCUCAUGAAGAAAAAGGUAGAGCGUUCACGUGAUGGACAAGUGACGGAAAUUAUUUAUAAGGGUGACCACAACCAUCCCAAGCCUCAACCAACUCGACGUUUAGCAUUGAGUGGCGCUCACCUUAUAUCUGACAGUUCAGUUAUUCCAGGAGCUGGAUUUGCUUCUAUGGUAAAGAAUGAAGGUGGAAAUACGGAGCGUGAUAGUUCAGAUGUGUCUAAAGGACGGACAGGAUCUGCAUCAGGGGCAACUGGUACCACUGACCCGUCCUCCCCUUCGACUAGCGACGACGAGGGUGGCGCAGGGAGUAAACAUUCCACUGAGGAUGGCGAUGACGAUGAGCCUGACUCGAAGCGCAGGAAAACUGACAAGAAGUCUAAGGAUCCAGUACCUCCUCCAAGAAUGAUUCGGGAACCGCGGGUAGUUGUGCAAACUACAAGUGACGUUGAUAUUCUGGACGAUGGUUACCGCUGGCGCAAAUAUGGCCAGAAAGUGGUGAAGGGGAAUCCUCAUCCUCGGAGCUACUAUAAGUGCACAAAUGUGGGUUGUCCGGUCCGGAAGCAUGUUGAGAGAGCCUCUAACGACCCGAAGGCGGUGAUUACUACCUACGAAGGGAAGCACAAUCAUGAUGUACCUGCUGCUCGUAAUGUUGGACAUGACGUGGCAAUGCAGACUGCAGCCCCUGUUGCUGCAACAGCUAGGUCAUUACAAGACCAAGGUAUUAGCUUUGGUAACAGCUUUGGGCAACCUCCUGAGGAUAGCGCCUCUAGGUGGAACAGGGGAUCUGGGGACGUGGAAUUGGGAAUGAGUGUUGGUCUGGGUCCCAGGGUACAGGGAGCUAGGGAACAGGGCCCUCUUGCCGCCACUGCAGUAAGCCUCGCGGCAUCUAUUGGGCAUCCCAGUUUCGAUGAUGCUAGGGCUCCUCUGCAAAGCAGAGAGCCCUUCAUGUCUGGCUUUGGUACCAGGCCAAAGCAGGAGCAACCAGAACCUACCACACAAACUAAUCUGAUGAAUUCUAACUCAUCUCUCCACCAUAGCAUGGCUCCUGUCUAGGUCGUGGUCAUGGCCAAACGCUUUGUCGAUUCUGCGCCUCUCUGCAAGCAUUCAAUGCUAGCCUUUAGGGUGCCAUGAUACUGCAAGAAAAUGGAGUGUUAACAUGUCCAUACCAACAUAUAUCUGUCAAGUAGUGGAGUAGGAAAGAAAAUCCCAACUUCCCUCCUCACUUCUAGUACCGUGGCUCACUUACAUGGAGCUUAGUAUGAUGCUGUGGUUAGGGACAAACUCUUUCUGGGGUAAGGUUGAUUGUCCCUUUUUGGACAUUUCUUUCCUGAUAGUUAUUUACUUCAUCUGCUGUUUGCAUUUUGUUGUGUCUGUAGAUGAUAUAUUAUUGUGACUACAGAGGGCUCGUGUACGCUGACUUUUAUCUUGGUGAUUGUAAGAGUAAAGUCGAGAGAUACUGAUGAAGCAAUCGGUUUAUCUAUAUUGCUCAUGGGGAGUUACAAACCUGGGUUAGUGAUGUUUGCGUAGGUGAGAGCUUCGAGGACUGUAGUACUGUACAUUACUGAGUGGCUUGUUAUCACACACAGUGGCUGCCGAAAACUUAUAAUUAGUGAAACUUGCAUAGGAUAGUAUGCCUUGCUCCACCGUUAAGGUAUGUAGAGUUCUUUUAUGCGUGCUUUUUCUCAGAAGGCCCCGAUCGAGUGCGACUUGGUUUGGGUAAUCUUGAGGUGUUUUCCGUCAGAUUCAGGUAAACAAUAAAGUUUUGGCGAUCGCCUGUGCCAGCAAACUCAUA